AUGACUUCGGCGCUAUCCCAUAUUUUCCAGAGUCGAGCGAAGAAUCCAGAUGUGAUACUUUCAAGAAUGCAAGAGUACCUGCGGAAGAACUACAGAGUCAGUGGAGACACCAUUCUUUUUGAAGUAGUCAGACAGAUAGAGGAAGGAAAUGAAAACUUCACAAAUCAUGUUAUUCGCUCGGCAGAUCGCUGGAUCCCUAUGAUCAUUCAAAGUUGUGGACAUCCCUUAUCGAAUAUUGAAAACUCAUCGAAGUUAGAAAUUCUUGAAAGAUUAUGGACUCAACUGAAAAACACGAUGAACUCGCCACCUGUUUAUGCUUGGAAUGCUCGCUUCCGAGUACUCAACGAGAUUGGAGCGGAUUGGGAUCCAAUGAAAGAGUUAGACAGCAUGGAACGGAGCGGAAUCGAACCGGAUGCCGAAACGUUUCAUGCCGUAGUUGACAAAAUUUCUGCUUCUGGGGACGUCGAAGGGUUGAAGAAUAUGGUGUACACAAUGGCGACGAAAGGAUUUCCAGUCGAUGCGCACAUAAAUGCUGCAUCCGUUUUCGCCUUUUCAAUACGAGGACACUAUAUGAAAGCAGAUUCAUUGUGUCAGCAGGCUGCCACGAAAUACGGAGAUGAUGGCGCUCGACUAGCGCACGGAGCGGCUGUUCGUGCAGCAGCUUGUCGCGGUGACAACGAUCGUCUCCGCCAAAUUCUACGGAAAUGCGUGAUCGGAUCCACGAAAAAGUUGGCGUUGUCUGCAGAUGAUAUCUUGGAGACAAUUUGGCAAAUGGCGGAGAAGAGUAGAGAUGGGAAAGGAGCGGAGUGUUCACAACUGGUGGAGCAAAUGCUCAAUUGUACUUCCCGGGACGAAGGAUUUUUUAGAAAGUUAUUCCGAGAAAUUGAGAGACAUAUUUGUCAUCGUCAUUACUACACAGCACUGUCAUUGUUAGAAGACACGAAGAGAGUCUCCGAUUGCCUUGAAAAUCAAAGGAAAAGCACGUUUCUCCAUCAACUCGUCGGUCGUCUCUCCACGCAACUCAUUCGCAAUCACGAGCCGUCACAUUUGAUUCGGGACAUUGCAAAUCGAGUUCAUUAUGCAUUCAACAACAAAAAUUCCAACAUUCGUAUCCGUAUGUACGACGAUCUUCUAUUCGCGACACUAAUGCUAAAAGACAUGGAAUUGGAUGAUCGACUUGAAUAUUUCCGGAAUCUUAUUGAUGAAAUCGACGUAAAAAGAGAGAGAAUACACAUCACGUUGCCGCUUAUGACGAGUGAAAAUGACUUGAACCAACGUCUUGCAAUUAUUUAUCGUCUUUCAACAAUGGGAUAUCGUAAUUGGUCGACUAUUGACAACGAACCGCUCGUUCAAAUUAUCCUUCAACCUCUGUACAAUAAUGGUCGCCCGAUUCGAGAUCAAUCAAAACUCGAUAAACUUGCGCGGAUUCUCAAAAGUUAUGGAAUUCCUGAACGACAAACAUGGUUAAUAUUGCAUAAAUGGGCCAAACAGAAGGCGAAAGACGAGACAAAUCAACCAGAGGAACAAUGGAGUCGACCGUUUGCAAGAGAUUUGAGAGGAUGGUGUCGUGCUUACUAUUCGGAAACAUUCGAAACACCGAAAACAACAAGUAAUAAACCUGUUCCGAUUCUUUACGAUAAACUGAAAUCGUGUGUCGAUCAAGGAGAUAUUACAAAAGUUUCAUCUGUUCUGAGCAGUAACGGAUGGCCAACUGACACUAAUUUCGCCGAGAUUGUGCCUCCUGUUUUGAAUUUGUAUUUGAUGCAUGAAUCGUGGAAGAAUGUGCGUGCAAUGUUGGAAGAAUUGUCACCGUUUUCAUGUGAAUGGGAUGAAGAUUCGUCGAAAACACCAAUGAAAAAUUAUCAUCUAUUGAGUGUUCUCAGAAGAAUGGCUGAAGAAGAGGAGACGUUGUCGAUUAGAGGAAUUACGGAUUAUGCUUAUGAACUCAGAACAUUGUUCCCGAAUGCUUCUUGUCAUUACGAAGGAUUCUUCGAGACACAAAACGAGUACAAAAAGUUGUUUGUGAAAUGCUUCGAGCGAUUAGAACGUCAAGGGUUCACUACAACUACAGUCGACGAACUCAUUGAUUUCCUUCGGUGUCUCGUAAAGCUUGACUUGAUUCAAUUACAUCCAAGUGAAACACUCACUGUAUUCUUCAUCAACAUUCUUCUGAAACGUGUCGGAUGGUCGGAAGCGUUGAAUACUUGGCAAAAGUUCUUGUCCAGUUUACAUUGUCCAAACGGAACUGUCGCGUUGCUUCGAUAUUGCCUUCAGCAGAAUACAGACGAGUCGAAGAAAAACUUGCAGUUCGUAAUUCACCGUGGUUCGACCUUCCUUUCCCAAUCUCGUAUCACCGCAAUGCAUUUGGCUGUUUUGAUUGGAAUGAAACGAUUCGAAGAGGCCGAAAAAGCAUGCGAACAAACUUCGAUUGAAAUCGAUCCGAAUGACUGUCUGAUGGCAAUGAGGCUGAUGAAUUCAUUGAAAGCGCGUUCGUUUGAUGAUCAAUUUAUGCUCGAUUUCGCUGCUUUGUGUCUUCGAAAACUAGGAAUGGCAAAGAACAAAGAGGCAGCCCAAAGUAUGCAAGCAGAUUUACUCAGAAUUUGUGAUACUCGACAUAUGGGUCCCACUGCUCUUCGUAUAUAUGACUUGUUUUCCGAAUAUGGUGUAGAGCUGCGGGAAGAAGAAAGAAAUCGACUGAAAACAGCCAUUGAGAAGCAUUCCAGUCUUUCAAAAAAAUGGAUAUUCAAACCGGAUGGAUUCUUGAACAUUGCCGCCAAUGAUGUCAUCAUUACAACGAGUGAAGAAGCAAGAAUUCAAGAAAAACUGAAAUUGACUUCUUAG